AUGGAUGUGACAGAAUCAUAUGGUAUCAGAUCAGAGAAUGUGAAGCAGAUGAGUUUUGCUAAUGAAGUUGAUGAAACGCUACCGGUGUUGGAUUCCAUACCAAUUCAAACAACUUCCGUACACGAAUCAGCAUCAGCGAAACUACGACCACCGACACGUCUUGUUCCUGUGCAGUUACCUAUUCAGAAGGCGAGUAUUUUAUUGUUUCCAGAUUAUUUUCAGUCUGUACAUAUUUUUUUCAUUUUCCACUUUUUUGUAGCAGAGAAUUCAUAG